AUGACGGAAUAUUAUGUUACCCCACGCAAGCGUAGGACCAAUAAGACUAAUCAACAUCAUUUUGAAGUUGUGAUUUUUAACACAAUUUUAGAUAUGCACAUUCAAGAAUUUGGGGAUAGAUUUAGUGAAGUUAGCACGGAGUUGAUGGAGAACAUGGCGGCUUUGAGUCAUUGUGACUCGUUUUCUAGUUUUGAUAAAGCAAAGUUGUUAAAGUUAAGUGAGAUAUACAAAAACGAUUUUGACGAUUUAAAAAGGGCACAACUUAAUGGGCACCUUGAUAUCUAUUAUCACUCUUUGCUCCACGAUGAUAGAUUUUUCAACUUGAAGGAAAUUGCAGACCUCUCUUGUUUGUUGGUGGAAACCGAGAAGCACCUCUAUUUUCCUUUGGUUUAUAGAUUAUUAAAACUAGCUUUGGUUUUGCCCGUCGCAACCGCAACCAUUGAACGGUGUUUUUCUGCAAUGAAGUUCUUGAAGACCAAUUUGCGUAAUAGAAUAAGUGAUGAUUUUAUGAACGGUGUUUUGAUUUGUAGUGUAGAAAAGUAA